GACGUUAUUUCCUGCCUAGACUUUUCCGACUAAGACCACAUCUUUCGUCGAUUGAAUUUCGGAUUUAGGGGAUCAUCAAUAUGUCGGUCAAGGUCGAGAGGGAUACGAUCCGCCAUGCGACCGAGAAUGUCGGCGGCGGGCAUGGCCAUAGCGACCGUGCUCUCAUCCAUAUGCCUCACAUCCCUCGCGAACCUCUUCCAGGCACCACCGGAAAGCAUCCUAUCUCUGAGGCAAUCGGUACCGCGCUUACUGGAGGCGCCAGAAACGCUGGCACGAGAGGCUACCUGAUGGCGUACAUCAACGAGCUCGAGAGAAAUCCGCUGCGAACAAAGAUGCUCACGGCCGGAACUCUCGCCGGUCUCCAGGAGUUGCUCGCGUCAUGGCUAGCUAAAGAUCGUAACAAGCAUGGCAACUAUUUUACGGCUCGCGUUCCGAAGAUGGCUGCCUAUGGCGCCUUGGUCAGCGCGCCUUUAGGCCACUUUCUAAUCUGGGUACUCCAGAAGGCCUUCAAGGGUCGCACGAGUCUUCGCGCCAAGAUCCUCCAGAUCUUUGUCAGCAACUUAGUUGUUGCCCCUAUCCAGAACGUCGUUUACCUCGUCGCUAUGGCCCUCAUCGCCGGUGCCCGAACUUACCACCAAGUACGAGCGACGGUACGCGUCGGCUUCAUGAAAGUCAUGAAAGUUUCUUGGAUCACCUCGCCGCUCUGCCUCGCUUUCGCUCAGGCCUUCCUACCCGAGGCCGCCUGGGUUCCCUUCUUCAACGUCGUCGCCUUUAUCAUCGGUACAUACAUCAACACCAUCACCAAGAAGAAGCGUCUCGCUGCUCUGCGCAAGAAGCACUUCGGCGAUGGCCGCUCAGGCUCCGUAGCCGGCGGUAGGCCCGGGCCCGGACCCGAAUCCGACUACCCUCCCCCAGGCAUGGGACCUAACCCACCAUACUAAGCUAUGAAUGAAAAAUCGGGAACGGGAUUGGAGACGGGGACGGAGGCGGAGGCGGAGGCGGAGGCGGAUCGUUACGUCGGACGGAAUGUGAAAGUUUUAAAGUUUUUACGGAUGGUGGACGGAGCCGGCUUUACUCGACUUAAAGUCGAGGACGCUAUUUCACACGAUGUCGUAUACAAUGUAACGAGGUAUAACAGGUAGGCUUGGGGUUAUCUUGGGACGAUCCGUGAUGUGUUAGGAGUAUCCGCGCUUUAUAUAAU